AUGUUGAUUUUCGCAUUGCUAUAUCUCUUCAUACUCUUAAGAGUCGAGACGAAAGCUAACGGCAGCACGUGCGAUGAUUUCCAAGCAAAUUUCACCAUUAAGGACAUGGUUGGCUCCUGGCACGUGGUCGCGAUUAUACCUGAGAAAAUGUUUCCGGACAACCAGAAUCGGAUUGCCUGCUAUAAAGUCGAUUUCAGCGAAACAGACACGGCAGGACUGCGAUGGCUGGUGAACAAUACCGUGGAGAAAUCGACAAAAGCCGAUCCCUUGACAAAUAUAAAUGGGGUUGUUAUAAGACAGAGGUACCAUUCGGAACGUCCGUUUGAUGUCUGGUCUAAAUCCAUCGAAGGUGUGAACGGUUGCUUCAAGCAAGUUCUAUCCUUGGAUACUGAUAAGAGCGAACUGAGCAAAGCAAUCACACACGAUGACAUGAUGCAACUCCAUAUAUUGGAGACCAAUGACAACGCUGGACCAUUUCUGCUGCAAAUGCUUUGGGGGAGAAUGAUCGCCGUGGUAAUUUAUCGACGGCAAGAGGGGGUGACUCAAGAUGAGCUGAAACCCGUGUUUGAAAUGGUGACCAAGCUGCGAGGACCGCAGCGGAUCCCGAAAAUCUGCGGCGGACCUUUUAGAGACGUUUUUAAGCAAAUA